AGUAAAUUCUGAACUAGUCUUCCUCUCCUUCUCUCCUUCUCUCCUUCUCUCUCUCUCUCUCUCUCUGUCUUGACUUUUUUGUUUCAAUAGAUCCUCCGAACUACUCUUUCUCUCUCUUACUUUAUUGGAUCCUCCUUAAUUCUGAACCAGUCUCUCUCUCUUUCCUUCUAAUUCACAAUUAAUCUCUCUGCAACUACUACUGGAUCUGAAAAAUAGAGGUUGUGGAUAUGGCAUCUUCUUGUUCUUGAUUUUCAUCCGCUGCUGCUCUUGCUGAUGCUGAUGAUACGAAAAAGUAAAUGUUGUGGAUAUUAUUUUGAAGGUGGAGAAAACAAACAAGCCCUUGUCAAAUUGGUUAGUUUGAUUUCUCGCUUACUUUCAGAGAGCGUAAAGGGGGGGCCCCAUCCCAUGUGCUCCCUUUUUAUACUUCAAUAACCAUUCAUCUCUCACGUAUUCCUGUGAAGGAGCCUUCGGAACUUUAGCCAAUUCGAGUGCAGAAAACAAACAGCCCUUGUCAAAUUGGUACAGCGUUUGUAACUUUGUGCACAUGCCUAAUAGAGAGAUGGAGUUGAUUGCCUUCAUUCAAGUUUUCAACAUCAUGGUCAUCGCCAUCGGGACUCUGUUGUACCUGUGCUGCAGAUCAUUUUCUUCUUCGUCUCCUGCGGCUGAUUCUGAUGUAGCUGAUUCUGCUGUACCUGAUUCUGCUGCUGAUUCUACUGCUUUUAAGGAUGAUGAUGAUGCUGAUAACCCCCCACGUCGAGAAAAGUAUGAUGUGUUUAUCAGUUUCAGAGGUGAGGACACCCGCCGUACUUUCACCAGCCACCUCCACGCUGCCUUACUUGAGAAAAAAAUCACAACUUAUAUUGAUGACAAGCUUAAGAGAGGAGAUGAAAUCGCACCUGCCCUUCUCCAAGCAAUCAAGGAAUCAGAGCUUUCGGUGAUCAUUUUCUCGAAAGACUACGCUUCUUCCACGUGGUGUUUGGAUGAGCUUGUGCAUAUCCUAGAAUGCAAGGAAAAACAUGGCCAGUUGGUUAUACCCAUUUUUUACGACACCCUUCCAUCGGAUGUACGAAAACAACAGGGGAGUUAUGGGGUUGCAUUUGCUCAACUUGAACAACGUUUCCAGAACAGUAUCGACAAGGUGCACAAGUGGAGGGAUGCUUUGACGAAUGCAGGAAAUAUAUCUGGGUUUGAUUCAAAAAAUUAUGGGACGGAUGCUGAUUUAGUUACGAAAGUUGUUGAAGAUAUUUGGACCAAAUUGUGUCGCGCAUCAUCCUGUGAUUUAAGGGGCUUUGUUGGAAUUGAAAGCCGCAUCGAGCAGGUCGAAUCGUUGUUAGGCAUUCAUCCACCGGACGCUUGCAUCACUGUAGGUAUUUGGGGAAUGGGUGGUAUUGGCAAGACCACCCUUGCCGAGGCUGUAUUUCGCAGACACUCUUCUAAAUUCGAAGCUUCUUCUUUUCUUAAGAAUGUUAGGGAGAACUCAGAACAAGCAAGUGGACUAGAUUACUUGGAAAAAACACUUCUUAAGGAGAUAUUAAAGGAAGAAGGUUCAUCCAUAGGAUCAACUAUUGUUCGAGAAAGGCUCAGGCGUACAAAGGUCCUCAUUGUUCUUGAUGAUGUGAGCAAUUCUAUGCAAUUGGAACGUUUAGCUGGCAGUCCUCUCCGGUUUGGCACUGGAAGUAGAAUCAUUAUCACAACUAGAGAUAGGGGCACACUUGGGCAAACUGUUGAAGAGGAUAAUAUCUACAAGGUUGAGGAAUUAAAACCAGAUGAUGCUCUUCAGCUCUUCUAUUCGCGUACUUUCAAGGAUAACAGUACCCGUAUAACAGAUCAUAAGGAGUUGGCAGAAAAGGCGGUGGCUUAUGCCAACGGCGUUCCUUUAGCACUUACAGUUCUGGGGUCCUUGUUCUUCAAUUGCAAGAGCAAAGAAGAAUGGGAAGAUGAAUUCAACAAAUUGAAACAAUUUCCCAGUGAAGAUAUUCAGAAAGUGUUGAGAAUAAGUUAUGAUAGAUUGAGAGAAAAUGAGAAGGAGAUAUUUCUGGAUAUAGCAUGUUUUCAUAAAGGGAAGUCUCUGGUUGAGGUAAAACGAAUGUUAGAUGUUCGUGGAUUCUUUGCGACAUCUGGAAUUAGAAUUCUCAUUGAGAUGUCUCUCAUAUCAAUUGAUUCAAAAACGGACGAUUUGCUACAAGAAAUGGGAAGGGAAACCAUAGAGAUGCACGAUUUGCUACAAGAAAUGGGAAGGAAAAUUGUUCAAGAACAAGAUAUUAAAGAUCCCGGUAAACGGAAUAGGUUGUUCGAUGAUGAUGAUUUCUAUCGUGUAUUGAGGGGUAACAUGGAAACUCCAAAUGUUGAAGCCAUACAGGUUAAUUGGAAUAAGCUUAAAUACCGACCGUUGAAAUGUGCAGACUUCAAAAAGAUUUCUAACCUAAUAAUGCUAAUUGUGGAGGGUGGCUGCAAAUUCACCGCUUCUCUAGACCUUCCUGAUUCUCUUCGUUAUCUUUAUUGGGAUCAAUAUCCAUUGGAAUCUUUGCCGUCAAAUUUUUGUCCGGAAAAUCUAGUUGAGCUUCAUAUGCCAUAUAGCAGAGUUACUAAGGAGCUUUGGAAAGAAGAGCAGAUACUUGUCAACUUACAAGUUAUCGAUCUGCGGGGUUGUUCAAAUCUAACUGAAGUUCCAAAUCUCUCUGGGAGUCUAAAAAUUGUGCAGAUAAAUCUCCGGUAUUGUAGAAGUUUGGUUGAAAUUCCUUCGUAUUUUCAACAUCUUCACAAGCUUACUCAUCUUGAUCUUAGUUUAUGCACCAGUCUCAAGUAUCUUCCAGAGAUGCCAGGAAAUAUUAAAUACUUAGAUUUACAAAAAAGUGGUAUAAAGGAGUUGCCUGAAUCAGUUUGGUCUAACGAAAAUAUUUCUUACUUGAAUUUAAGGCAAUGCGAAGACCUUAAGAAACUUCCAAGCAGCAGGUGUAAGUUGAAAAAUCUUGAUCUCGAUUCGUGCUAUGGAUUUGAAAACCUUCCAGAGAUUUUGGAGCCAAUGGAACAUUUGAAGUCCUUAAGUUUAAUGCAUACAGCAGUUAAAGAGCUACCCUCAUCAAUAUGUGAGUUGAAAUAUCUUGAGUGUCUUGAUCUCUCCAAUUGCUUUAGAUUUUCCAAAUUCCCUGAAAUCUUGAAGCCAAUGGAACAUUUGAAGUCCUUAAGUUUAAUGCAUACAGCAGUUAAAGAGCUACCCUCAUCAAUCUGUGAGUUGAAAUAUCUUGAGAGUCUUAGUCUCACCGAUUGCUCUAGAUUUUCCAAAUUCCCUGAAAUCUUGAAGCCAAUGGAGCAUUUGGUGUCUCUUAGAUUGGACGGCACAGCUGUCCAAAUGCUUCCUUCGUCUAUUGGAAAUCUAAAUAGGCUUCAAGAUUUAAACCUUAAUGGCUGCGAAGAACUUGAGGAUGUCCCAACAAGUAUCUACAGUUUAGCCAAUCUUAAACGUCUCAGCUUUAUGCACUGUUGGAGACUUGAAAAUUUGCCUUCCAGCCCUGUCGGUUUUCUCUCUUUAGAAGAACUAAACCUCAGCCACAGCGGUAUAUUGGAAAUACCAGCAAGCAUCAAACAAGCUUCUCGGUUGUCUAUACUCGACUUAAGCUUGUGCGGUCAGCUUCAAUCCAUACCAGAGCUCCCAGUGCUAUGUAAUGUUGCAGCUCACUACUGCACGUCGCUGAAGACAGUGUCAAGUUCAAGGACAGCACUCACACAAGGUUGGGAUAAACCUAAGUAUUGUUACAGAGUUUUUACUAAUUGCCCAAAAUUGGAUGAUAAUUCAAGGAGCAACAUAAUGGAUGAAGCACAGAUUACAAUUAUGCGAAUGGCAACUGUUGCGCCAGUAAAGUUACAAUUAUUCAAUUACUAUUUCGGGGCUCUUCAUCCCUGGCCUCAGAUUAACGUUACUUGUCCAGGAAAAGAAAUUCCAAAUUGGUUCAGCUAUCAAAAUGAGGGAUCUUCAGUAGACAUCGAACUUUGUCCAGAUUGGUUUCGAACAGGUUUAUUUGGUUUCGCUCUCUCUGUUGUUUUUUCUUGGGUUUCAGGCACGCGGCUAGGCACCUGGAGGGUAAGAGCUAAUUUCAUUGUCAAAUUCAUGGGUAAAAGCCAUGAACUGUUCAGUUCUAAGAGCUUUAUCGAGUGCGGCAGCUACACAGCCUACUGUGAGGGCCAACAUCACGUGCAUGUGUGGAAUGAGGCCUUUAGAAUUGAAGAGGUAGGAAAAAACUGCUCCCCUGAUGUUUACAAACUUGCCAAAGAGGCCUCUGUCGUCUUCUACUCGGACUCUGAAGAGUUUACAGGCAGACUUCCUUCUGGUAACGAUAUGAAGGUGGACAGCUGUGGUAUAUGCCCAUUGUAUGCCGAAGAUGCUGAGAAAUUCAAAUUUGGUCAUGUGUUCAUGUCGAGGGGACCAAAAGUAGAACAAGAAACAAGACAAGAUGAUGAUUCCAAAGGUGGUGGAUCAAGAGAUGAGCCUGAAGUUAGUGGAUCAAGUGAUGAGUCUGAAGCAAAUGAAAGUGAUUAGGAAAAACUUUUUAAAGCAAAUUUGUACUUUGAUAGCUCACUUGUCUCACCAAGAAAUAAGAGAACAAAUAGGCAAGGCUUUUAUUAUUAUCUUUAAAACUUGAUUUACCUAUAUAUCAUAAACAUAGACAUUAAUUAACACACCA